AUGGCCACUGCUACUGACAAUAAAACCGAAAUCACACUGAAAGGUAGUGUUGAUAUCGUCUCUGAAUUCUUCUUUACUGCCAUCAAUUCCAUUCUAUACCAAAGAGGUAUUUAUGAGCCCGAAAGCUUCAAACGCGAAUCCAAAUAUGGUCUGACUGUGCUUACCUCAUCUGAUAAGGGUCUCUUGAGAUACUUGAAGAAUGUCAUGAUGCAAGUCGAGACAUGGUUGUUGAGUGGAGAUGUCCAACGAUUGGUCGUUGUGGUUAGUGGGGUGGAUUCUGGAGAAACCUUGGAACGUUGGCAAUUCAAUGUUUCACUCGAUGGAGACAGUGAGAAUGGCGAGAAUAGCAUGCCCAAUGGUGGUGCUCCUCCCCAGCAAAAGACGUUGAAGGAAAUUCAUGGUGAAAUUCAAGCCAUUAUUCGUCAAAUUACCGCCAGUGUCACAUUCCUUCCACUUCUGAAUGAGCCAUGCUCCUUUGAUUUGUUAGUUUAUACCAAGAAGGAUGCAGUCGCCCCCACCAUGUGGGAAGAUUCCGAUCCUUGUUACAUUAUGAACAGCCAAGAAGUCAAGCUUCGAAGCUUUACCACAUCGGUUCACAAAGUUGACUCCAUGGUCGCAUAUCGGGAGGCUGAUGAGUGGGAACUCUAA